CGUCACCAAUGGCGACGAAAACAAAAUUUGGCAUGCGUCUCGUUUAUGACUAGUAAUGAAGAAAGGCAAAGCGACGGAGGGUCCUCGCUAUUAAGUUGGCCUAAUUUCAAAAAGUAAAGCUUCACCCAGAGGCAGAACACCUGCACACGGAGCGGAACAAAGGCAUAGAAAAGAAAGACUCAAGACAAAAACCUAAAGAAGAACUGAAGAGACAAACUAAAAGAAGACACUUACAGGGGUUUAAGGAGAAGAGAGAACGCUGCCAUUUACUGUAACGCCUAGAUGGAUGUCAAAAAGGAGGAAUGUAAGGCUGACACAAAUAUCCUGGAGCAAAGGAGUGUAAAUAUUAAGGAGGAGGACUGUGAAUGGGAGCCGGUCCACCCAAAACAGGAGAGCCUGGGCAUUAAAGAUGAGGAUUGUGAACUGGGGUCAGUGGCCAUUAAAGAGGAGGAUGAGGAGACGUCUGUCAGCAUUGAGAUACACAAAAAUAAAAGAACGGAGAGUGUCAAGGAAGACAAACUUUCUUAUGGGUGUCAAGAUGGAAUGGUGACUGAGUUUGACUCUUCUCAAAACAGACCUUAUGAGCCUUUUAUCGAUGUGAAUUCUGAAUCGUUACAGUCUGACACAAAGACGACUGAGGAAAUUACAUCUGUUAAAAUUCAGGAAGAUGGGCCAUCACCUACAACGACAUUUAUACAAAGUGACAGACCUCACUGCUGUUCUGAAUGUGGCAAACAAUUAUCAAGCAAGAGCAACCUUUCAAGGCACAAAACAAUUCACACGGGAGAGAAGCCUUAUUACUGUUGUGAAUGUGGCAAACAAUUUUCAAGAAAAAGUUACCUUUCAAGGCACAAAAAAAUUCACACUGGGGAGAAGUCUUAUUGCUGUCCAGAAUGUGGCAAACAAUUAAUAAGCAAGAAGGCCCUUUCAAGGCAUAAAAGAGUUCACAUGGGAGAGAAGUCUUAUUGCUGUUUAGAAUGUGGAAAACAAUUAACAAACAAGAAGGCCCUUUCAAGGCACAAAAGAAUUCACACAGGAGAAAAGCCUUAUUGCUGUCCUGAAUGUGGCAAACAUUUUUCGCAAAAAAUCUACCUUCGGAGACACCGAACAAUUCACACAGGAGAAAAGCCUUAUUGCUGUUCUGUAUGUGACAAGCGAUUUUCACAAAAGGGCAGUCUUCAUAACCACAGAAAAAUUCACACAGGAGAGAAGCUUUUUUGCUGUUCUGAAUGUGGUAAGCAUUUUUUGUUGAAGAGCAUUCUUGAGAUCCACCAAAGAAUUCACAUGGAAGAAAAGCCUUAUUGCUGUUCUGAAUGUGGCAGGCAGUUUUCACAAAAGACCCAUCUUCAGAGCCACCAAAGAAUUCACACAGGAGAGAAGCCUUAUUGCUGUUCUGAAUGUGGCAAACAGUUUUCACAAAAGAACCAUCUUCAGAGUCACCAAAGAAUUCACACAGGAGAGAAGCCUUAUUGCUGUUCUGAAUGUGGGAAGCGGUUUUCGCACAAGAACCAUCUUCAGCGGCACCAAAGAAUUCACACAGGAGAGAGACAGCUGAUUAAGAAUUAGGUGUUUCAGGGUAUUAAUAGAAAAAUUGCAUAACUGGUAAGUGCCAGAGAUGCAAAGAAUCACACGUCUCAUUGCUGGGUGCGAGGUACUGAUGGCUGAAGAUUUAUAAACAGGAAUUUCACUGGAAACUCUACAAGAAGUACAACUUUGCCAGCAAGAAAAAGGCACUGGGAUCACAAUCCAUACUGCGUAGUGGAAAAUGAGGAGGUGUUAGUCGCUUUGGACACACCAAGACCAACUUAUAGAAAAACAGAUGCCGGAAAACCAGAUUUUAGAUUGGAUUGCAUUAACUUUAACUCAAAUUCUUACAGAAGCAGAACCUAAAAAAAAAUCAAGGAUAGACUCAUAGGACAAAUAAUAAGGCCAACCUGUUGAUCAAUGAAAAUAAAUCUAUAUUGUGCAGAUAUUUUGAAAGUGAACUUAAUAAGUACAUAAGGAGGAAGUUUUGAAUUACCUGGUCCAGUGGGCAGAAAACACACUCAGAGAGGCUGUUCUUAGCAGUCUGCACUGGAAUGAGCCCGUGGCUAAAAAGUGUCUUCAAAAGAGCACCUCCUGGAGAGGAUUUUUCAUGAUGGCAUCCCAGUGUUUCCAUCAUCCUCUUUUCCAUGACAGCUUCCAGUGUGUCCCGGGUUUGCCCUGUGAUGGAACAGGCUUUGCUAAUAAGUCUCUUCAGGCGUUGUGCUUCUUUUGAGCUGAGGUUGCAUCACAGGAGACAGCAGUCUAAAACAGCAUUAGUCUUAUACUGGACUAGACUUAUAAAGCCUGGAUGAUAGAGGUAUCAGCUCAUAGUAACUACACGUUUGUGAGAAAGGAGAGGCAAAAAAAUAAAAUACCAGGAAAUGCAAUUUAAGAUAUGUUAUUUUGGGACUAGAAAAGAAGACAAAUUGUUAUGCUGGGAUCAACAUGACUAAUAAACAGAAACUUACAGGCCCAUCCUGACAUCCUACCAAUUACCAUAACUCUAUAUGAAUUGCAGAAAGAAGUGUAAACUUAAAAGAAGUAAGAAAUACAGCAGGACACCUAGACUACCCUGACUCAAGGGUAGGAUCAGUUGAUGUUUUGAUAUUAAGCAUGCCAAGAAAAUUUGGAGAAAUUAACCCAGAGAAAGGCUUAUUGCUUCUUAAAAUAAAGAUCAAUCUUCAGAGCCAUAAAAGGUUUCACCAUUGCUACACCACAAAGGAACAGACAGGACCAUAUAAGUGUACAAGACACAGUCCGGUGAUCAAAUGAAGAUAAAGAGGAGACCAUGUACCUCGACUUCUGCACAACUGGUCUUGAGUUCUCAACUCUCAUCCUGAGAGGUCUUGUACAAAUUGCAGUACUAAAAUGUAAUUUCAAUUUCCAAAUUGGAUAAGAAAACAUUUACAAAUUUAGGAUAUUUAAGUGGAAUACCUGAGGAAAGAAAACAAAUUAGUGAAGAGAAAUUAGAAUAUUUACGAUGGACAGCAAAAGAAGAAAUAACACAGGAAAGAAAGCCAGCAUUUAUACGCUAGCAUAAAAGUAUCAGCAGUGAAAGUACAUGUAAAGAUGAAAUGUACAUAUUGGAAAAUCAGAAAUAAACACUCAAAUAUGAACAGAGUCAACCAGAGAAAUCCAUCCAUCCAUCCAUUUUCCAACCCGCUGAAUCCGAACACAGGGUCACGGGGGUCUGCUGGAGCCAAUCCCAGCCAACACAGGGCACAAGGCAGGAACCAAUCCCGGGCAGGGUGCCAACCCACCGCAGGACACACACAAACACACCAAGCACACACUGGGGCCAAUUUAGAAUCGCCAAUCCACCUAACCUGCAUGUCUUUGGACUGUGGGAGGAAACCGGAGCGCCCGGAGGAAACCCAUGCAGACACGGGGAGAACAUGCAAACUCCACGCAGGGAGGACCCGGGAAGCGAACCCGGGUCCCCAGGUCUCCCAACUGCGAGGCAGCAGCGCUACCCACUGUGCCACCGUGCCGCCCAACCAGAGAAAUGUUAGCCAGAAAUGCAAUGUCCUCAAAAGCAACCAAUUCUCAAACAGUGAAAUACUAACAGUAAACUGAGACAUAAUGCAAGGGAUGGAGGGGAGGUACAACAGAAUGAAAGUAAGAACAAAGUUUACAUUCAACACAUACCACCCAACAAUCACAAGAUAACCACCCCAAUGGUUCAAUAUAAAAAAAAAAUAAGACUCGGAUAGAAAAAGAGUAAACCAACAUAAGAGAACACCUCAAAAGCAGAAAUGACACAUUCAUGAAAAGCACAAAGUCAUUCAAGAAAUUCAAGAAGAGAUCCUGGAUUUGAUCAAUGAACAAAUAUACAGCAGUCAUUAAAAAGAGAGAAGUGAUUUAACAGUAAACCACACUGGAUGGAAUACUAUAAGUAAGCUGGAAAAGGCUGUAACUGAGAGAAAGCAAAUCCAGCAGUGCACAGACUGAUAGACUUGAUAACAGUACGUGGGGUCUGCUAUUGUGCAGUAAAACCCAUCACCUCUAAAGUAACAGCAGAGAAGAAAAUCAAGGCAAGGAGACAUUAACAAAAUUGGACUCCAUCUCGGAUGAAAUAAAUUGUCGUAUAAAAACGAUGUUCUAUGCAGAGAGGUGGCCUUAAUCAAAGCAUGUAUGGAAUGGGUGAGAUCACAAAGUCCUAGCAACAAUUCAACAAGUGAAAUGAGAGAAUUGCAUAUUAAUCCAUGACGAGCUACCAUGGCAAACAAACUCGAAAUACUGCAAGAUGCUAAAAGUUAAGAUAUAAAGGAAACAGAACAGACUACUUCAAGAAAAUCUGAAAAAGAAUAAAAGUUACAUUGAAAGUAAACUCUCUACCUGACAAUCCAAAGAAACAAACAUUUUGGAGAAAAAUAUGUUUAGGUGCUCAAAACAAUAAAGUAACAUGGAGAAGCAAACUACAGACUGGAACAGAAAACCCAAACAAUGAAAGGAAUAGAAUGGCCUAUAAACUAGAAGCCAAACUCCUAUUGAACUGCUGCUUAUGGGAAGACACCUGGUCCAGAUGCUCUACCCCACGUUUGGUUAAAACACCUAACAUCUCAGUAUUAGGGUAUGUCUAUGAAAAAUCUGAACGAAAUGAUCUCCCCAUGCCCUGCCUCUCCACUGUAUGUUUUGGUACUCUAGUAGUUACGGUCAACUACCCAAGACCCUGGGCCUGUUUCUCAAUAAAGGGGAGUGAAAAUGUUACUCGCACUCUUCUCAAGAGAUUUCUCAAAAAACUCUUUUGUUGGUUUCUUGAAUGCUGUUGAGAAGGUCAAUGAAAAUGAGAAUCUCUCGUUUUAAAAGAAUUACGUGGAUAGGACUGGUGAGCUUUGUUGGGCUGUUCUCAUCUAGUUCUUCCAAUGCAUGAUCAGAGUGGUCUCACUGACAAGUUACAGGACUACUUGUUUUAGCUAUUGCAAUGCUUACUUUUUAGUAAGCUACGUGAUUCAGUGCCAUGAUGUUUGCCAGACAUUUUCCAAAAGAAUUAUAUCAUUGAGGUCCUACAGCAUAUAAAAUAAAAUACUUGAGAGUGCUGAACUGGACAUUGUUGUUGUUAAGCCUGCCAAUCCACUGUAUGGUUUGGCACUCCAGUAGUUCCUUUGAACUACCCAAGACACUGGGCCUGUUUUUCAAUAACGGCUGGUGAGAGUUUUACUCACAUUGUCCUCAAUAGAUUUUUUUUGUUUACCAAACUCUUUUGCUGUUUUGUCAAAUGCUUUUGAGAACAUGAUUAACAAGGGAGAAUCUCUCAUCUGUGAAAUGAAUUAGUAGGACAAACCUGGCAUGGUGCUGGUGUAGCUGUUCCAAGCUCUCCUACUGUGUAGUUUGGUAGACUAUCAUUGUUUGAUUAGCCGGAGUAAAGAUGUGAGCGAAUACAAAAGGGCUUUGGUUCCAAUAUUGUAAAAUAUAAAGAAUUGAACCAAAAUCCUGCCAACCUACAUAAUAUAGUUUUUCUUUGUCAUGUUUUUGUCUUAAUUUGCUUUUAUGUGCAUAUAUAUGUAAAAUAAGUGAUUGGGACCAUUUAUCCAGCAUAUUGCUGCAUUUAGCUACAUAUGAGUAGGACUUUCAAAACUCAAACUGAUAUUAUUUUAGAAGAAUUAAGUGGAUAGGACUAUUGAGCUUUCUUGGGCUGAAUGGCUUGAUUUUGUCGAGAUUAAUUUAAUGAAUGUUGAGCGGUCUCACUGACAAUAACAUGACUACUGAUUUUAGCUAAUUUAACACUUGCUUUUAGUGAGCCACGUGACUCUCUGUGCCAAGAUGUUUACCAGUAAUUUUACAAAAGAAUGACAAUGUUAAGGCCCAAUAUCAAAGAAAAUGUUUUAGAGCACGUUACUCGACGUUGUUGUUUUAGCUUCCACUUGUAAUGGCGUUCCAGCAUUCACAAACAUCUCAACCAGCUUCACAAGAAAAGACUGCACAGUCUGCAUCUUCUCAAGGGUAAACCACCUGAUUCAAAGGUUGCUGUGUGGACACUAAUAACAAAUGUUCAGGUUGUUUGAUUGUACUUGUUUAUUAACCCCUUGGGUUUCAGAUGUCUGAAUUCUCUUUAAUGUAAACAUAUACAGGUUAAUAGCAAACUUUUUAAAGAGACUUUUUUUCUACCUUACCAAAGUAACCUCAUGUUUACUGACAUUAGUAGUCACUGAUGCUUUACAGGUCCCAUUCUUGCCUAAUCCAAGUCCUGCAAGAAGGAUGGGAUGUCUUUGUGCAGCCCUCAAUGUGGUGGAAAACUGGGUGAAGCUAAUGGAAAGGUGAAUGACUGCAAGCCGUAGCCCCCAAAGGGUGUAGCCUGCCACUGUGGAGGUUCCCAGGGGUGAGUAUGUAACACAAGGCUAAUAGGCUAAGGUAUUGUUUAGGGGCAUUUCUUGUCUGCCAAUUAUUAAAGAACCUUUAUAAAAAAAAUUGCAUACUGGAUUAUUUUAUAUAUACAACAGGAAUUUGUGAUAAAAUGCACACAAAACUAAAGUGAGUUUUGAUCUGGUUUUGAAGGAAUACUUACCUUA